GUGACUACGAGGUUGGAGUGGAUGAAAAAGGAGAAAUUCAGUAUAUGGACGCUGUGUUUUAUGUUAACGAUGGCCAUUCUAGUAAUGAAAAUGAAAACCCAUAUGUUACAAGUUCCAUACAAAAUUGUUAUGAUUCGCGUAGAUGGAAAGUUGCAUCCUUUGGAGUUAUAACUGAUGCACCAUCGAACACUUUUAUGAGAGCUCCUGGUAAGCAAUUCAUGAACAAAAUUAACUAAUUUGAUGUCGUUCAGUUAAAAAUAUGGAAAUAUGUUUUAGGUGGAUUUGAGGGGAUUUCGGGUAUAGAACACAUUAUGGAUCAUAUAGCUGAAGAAAUAAAUAGAGAUCCAGUUGAAGUUCGCAUGGUUAAUUAUCGCCUACAAGAUAACGAUUUACCUAAGCUGGUCCCAAUGUUCCUUGAAAAAAUUAAUUACAAAGAGAGACAGGAAAGAAUCAAAGAAUUCAAUAAACUAAAUAGAUGGAAGAAACGUGGGAUGAAGCUUAAUAAUAUGGCUUUUCCAACCGCCUAUCUAGGUAAUUACGGAGCACUUGUGUCUGUAUACCAUGGCGAUGGAAGUGUCGUAGUUAAUAUUGGAGGUAUCGAGAUUGGGCAGGGAAUUUUUACUAAAAUGGCUCAAGUGGCAGCAUUCGAAUUCGAUAUUCCUGUAGAAACCGUUAGUAUCAUACCUUGUCUUAACUUUGCAACUCCAAACACGUUCGCAACUGCGUCGAGUAUCACAAGUGAAUGUUGUGCAUAUGCUGUAAUAAGAUGUUGUGAUCAGAUCAAAGCUCGACUGGCACCGUUUAGAGCAGCCAGGCCACAAGCUUCAUGGAGAGAAAUCGUGUUCGAAGCUGAUGCACAAGGAGUUUCAUUGCAAGCGAAUUAUUUAACAAGUGACAAUGAUCCACGGCUAAUCAAUUAUUCCAUUUUCGGCAUAGCUGUCACAGAAGUUGAAGUAGAUAUUUUAACUGGUACUAAAUGGAUCGUUCGGGCUGAUAUUUUUGAAGAUGCUGGUCGGAGUCUGAAUCCAGGCAUUGAUGUAGGGCAGGUGGAAGGAGCUUUCGUAAUGGCUAUUUCUUUAUGGCUGAUAGAAGAUAUUGUUUAUAACGAACAUACUGGAGAGUUAUAUACUGACCGUACAUGGACUUACAAAGUUAUAGGUGCAAAAGAUAUACCGUAUGAUUUCCGUGUGUUUUUGCGACGAAAACGUCCUAAUCCUGUUGGAAUUUUGGGAUCUAAAGCUGUCGGAGAGCCUCCUGGCUGCUUAGGAUAUGUGGUAGUUGAAUCACUGAGAGAUGCGAUAGAAGCUUCACACAGAGACAGCGGCUAUGAUACAAAAUAUGUUUGCCUUGAGGUUCCAGUUAAUGUUGAAAGUCUGAUAGAAGCGGCGGACGUGAAACUGGAGGAAUUCGUAUUGUAUUGA